GAGGCCAAAUGAAUCAUGGAAAUUCUAGGAGAGAUAUCUCGUCCCAAGAAAGCGCAUUCCGACGACUGCGAGUGGAAAGACGACGUUCCAGAUGAGAGCGUCGAAGGAGAAGAAAUUAGAAGCAGAACGAGGGCCCCUCAUGAGGUCAAACAAGAGACUAACGAAGUGAAUGAGAUGGAAUUCGAAGACGAUGAAGAAGAAAUAGGCGUUCCACCGGAGGACGACGACGACGAGGACUUUUACGUCCCGAGUAUGGCUCAAAAGGAGAAGAAGCUGAAGCGCACGAAAGGCGGGGGCGCGGGCGCAAAGGCCAGUCAAUCGUCCAAAUGCGGCAGAGGACGAAAGCAGUGCCCUAAUUGUCAGAUUGUAGUGCCUACGUGUCGCACACAGUGCACCGAAUGCUCUUACCAGUUUGUUGUUCACUCUUCGUCCCCUGCAGGGGAAGGAGCAGCGGCCGGCGACGGGGCAGACGAGCAGACCGGAACGUCCGCCGUUACCGGCGCCACCGAAGUACAGACGAAGACAAAGGCCGGAACGAAGAAGCAAGUAGUUAAGAAAAAGAAGAAAGAGAAAGAAGGAUUGGCAGGGAAGGCAUCAAAGAAAGAGUCUACCUCUCAAUUUGAGAGUCCUUCUAAGGUUCCUCGAGUCCAAGAGGCCGAAGUCCAAGAUGGAAAUGCGGGCAGCGGAUCGGAUAGUGAGAUGGCGUCGUUGGAUCAGUCUAGCAUCGCUGGCAGUGAAGAGACACGACACUACUUUGAAAGUUUGGCUACAGACGUCGAGAACAUACACCAAGAGAGAGUCGGCAAGGGAUACAAACGCUGCCCGAAGUGCAGCACAGUGCAGGGAUCGAGCUAUGCCAAAUGCCCGAAGUGCGAUCACGCUUUCACGAGCAAAGGAAGCAAGGGAAAUGUGAAGAAGGAGCAAGGCAAACCGACAUCUCUUGUUCGAUCGAAGCUGCAGAAUGGUCAGGGUAGAGUGGUCGGCUCUUCGAUAAACAGAACAGUAGACAAACCGGCUGUCGGUGGUGUCAAUGGAGUCGGCAGUGAGAGGAUGAGCACCACCUUUCCGAGUCACGUGUUACGAGGCGAAGAGAGCGGCAAUCAGAUCGACGUCGCCGGUCUCUACAGACAGUCACGCAAAGCCAAGCGACGCGAAGAACAGUUUGUACAGGAAUCAAAUAGGGGUCCUAUUUUGAAGUAUGGAAACUCGCUGCUGGAGCAGUGCAUGGCUGACCUACUGCAGUGUGUACCCGAUGACAGUCUUGCUGACCUAGUCCAGGCUGUGUACAACAAACAGCUGGAGGAGUAUGAACAAGUGGAGACAGAGAUGAAACGAACUGAGGAGUCGUACAAUGAAGUUCUAGCUAUGCAAGAAGAGGCUGACAGAGAAAUCGAUAAGGCGACUCUACAAGCAAACGAACUGAUCGUUCAGUUGGCAGCAAGUCAGCAGGAACUGAGACAGUUAGACAAAGGAAUGAUGGCUGCCGUAGAGAGACGACAAAACGCUAAGCGAGAACUGGAACGUCGAUGUUUAGAGCUAGAGACACUAAAGUUGCGUCUUGGUGAAGUGUUGGGUCCUGAUUACAAGCCUAAUAUAACUUGAUUAUUGGAUAGGCUAGAUCUAGAGUGAUUAGAAAAUAUUGAGCAACGUGAUGUAAAUACUCAGUGGCAAUAUCAACUGUAUAGACUUGCAACAUUAAUUUUGCGAGUGGUUUGACAUUUAGUUGGUCUACAGUCUAUAGAUACAGCUACUAU